AGAAGUAAGACAAAAAAGCAAUUCCUGCUAAUCUCUUAGACAAUGCAAGAGACUCCAGACUCUAUUCCAGGAAGCGGGCUUUAUCAAGGUAACAAAGAGAUCACCGAGAGCAGAAAGAAGGAUAGGGACGCCGACACGGAGGUGGCAUUAAGGCUCUCCAGGAGGCCCGGGGCCCCGUUCUGCCUAUCGCUCCCCACCCCCGGCUGCACCGCCACUUCAAUGCCCCGCAGGUCGCGGGCUGCUUCUCUUUCGAAGGCGGCGGAGGACCAGGGGCGCCCGGCGCCACCGCUGACUCGGACCCGCGCCGACGCCUGACCCGCACGCCCUUGGGCACCGAUGCGGGUGCGCCCCGCGCGUCCCGGUGCGCUCCAGCCCUCUUCCGGCCCGCGAGGGGCAGCCCCGGCCAGGAUGGCCCCGGGCUGGGCGGUGGCCGGGCUCCUGCUGCUGGCGGCCGCCAGCCUCGCGCGGGCGGCGGCGGGACCCGGGCUCGCCUUCAGCGAGGAUGUCCUGAGCGUGUUCGGCGCGAAUCGGAGCCUCUCGGCGGCGCAGCUCCGGCGCCUGCUCCAGCAGCUGGGAGCCGGCCGGGUGGAGGGCGCCCUGCAACCUGGGCAGCUGCACUUCAAUCAGUGUUUGUCAGCUGAAGAGAUCUUUUCCCUUCAUGGUUUUUCAAAUGCAACUCAGAUAACCAGCUUGAACUUCUCUGUCAUCUGUCCAGCAGUCCUACAGCAACUGAACUUUCACCCUUGUGACGAGUGGCCCAAACACAAAACAAAACCUAGUCUUUCUGAAGUUUGGGGAUAUGGAUUCCUGUCAGUGACAAUUAUUAAUCUGGCAUCUCUCCUUGGAUUGGUUUUGACUCCGUUGAUAAAGAAAUCUUAUUUCCCCAAGAUUUUGACCUAUUUCGUCGGGCUGGCUAUUGGGACUCUAUUUUCAAAUGCAAUUUUCCAACUUAUUCCAGAGGCCUUUGGAUUCAAUCCCAAAAUUGACAACUAUGUUGAGAAGGCAGUUGCUGUGUUUGGUGGAUUUUACAUCCUUUUCUUUUUUGAAAGAGUGCUUAAAAUGUUGUUAAAGACAUAUGGUCAGAAUGAUCAUACCCACUUUAGAAAUGAUGAUUUUGGUCCUCAAGAAAAAACUCAUCAACCUAAAACGUUACCUGCCAUCAAUGGUGUGACCUGCUAUGCAAAUCCAGCUGUCACAGAGCCUAAUGGACACAUCCAUUUUGACAAUGUCAGUGUGGUAUCUUUACAGGAUGGAAAAAAGGAGCCAAGUUCAUGUACCUGUUUGAAGGGGCCCAAACUGUCAGAAAUCGGGACAAUUGCCUGGAUGAUAACACUCAGUGACGCCCUCCACAAUUUCAUCGAUGGCCUGGCGAUUGGGGCUUCCUGCACCUUGUCACUUCUCCAGGGACUGAGCACUUCUAUAGCAAUCCUGUGCGAGGAGUUUCCUCAUGAGCUAGGGGACUUUGUGAUCCUACUCAAUGCAGGAAUGAGCACGCGACAAGCCUUGUUGUUCAAUUUCCUUUCUGCAUGUUCCUGCUAUGUUGGGCUAGCUUUUGGCAUUUUGGUGGGCAACAAUUUUGCUCCAAAUAUUAUAUUUGCACUUGCUGGAGGCAUGUUCCUCUAUAUUUCUCUGGCAGAUAUGUUUCCAGAGAUGAACGAUAUGCUGAGAGAAAAGGUAACUGGAAGAAAAACCGAUUUCACCUUCUUCAUGAUUCAGAAUGCUGGAAUGUUAACUGGAUUCACAGCCAUUCUGCUCAUUACUUUGUAUGCAGGAGAAAUUGAAUUGGAGUAAUAAGAAAUGAAAGCUGGUGUUGUUAAUGAAGACAUUUAAUAAAUAAAAACAUCUCCAAAAGGAUUUAAAGCUAAUCCUGCUUAGUUAAAAGAUAAUUUUGUUUUCAACUGUAGGUCAAGAAAACUGAUUAUUACUUUCAGAUCUGUGAAAGAAGCCAUUGUUUGUUGUUAAUAAUGCUUCAUAAUGUUUCAGUUCUAGUCUGAAAAGCCUCCUAUACAAGAACUUCAGUAAAUACCCACUUUUUCAUGUUUCACGCAUAUUAGAAAAUCAUCACAAGGAAAGAAACAUGCAUUCUAUAGUCAUUUAGGCACCAAGAACGAAAGAAAAAUACAAGCUAGGUUAUAUAAGUUUCUAAACCUCUAUGGUAGGAUCAAAAGUUCAAGUAGUUUCAGAGUGGUUUUCUUUCAAUUAAUUUGUUCUAGUGCUUUCAUGAGCAAGUCCAUCAAAAUGCUGAAGAGAAUCAAAAGGUAUAUAACACAGAUAUAAAUGAUUCUAAGGCCUUAAUGACUCAAGAAAGAAGGAUUGCUCGCAGCUUUUGCUGUUUCAUAUUUCAGUUAGGCUCUUAUAGGAUUGCUUUGAAAACCAUCCAAUAUGAAUUAUGAAAUCAAUAAAGUUUUGCUAGCUCUACUAAGUUUAGACUUUGUCUCAUACUCUAUCUCUAAGUGUAAACUCUACCAGAUUCCAUAAAAAGUCAGAAUUGCUUUGUAUGACUUAUGUUGUGGUUGUAGAAGACAAAUGGCAGAACAGUAUUUAAAGCUGUUGACAACUAAUUUUCUAUGUACAAUGAAGGUAAAGAAUAUGUUGGUUUGUAGAAAGGAAUUGAAUAUAAUUUUAAGCAAUUUUUUUUAAAGAUGAACACAAUUUUUUAAGCGAAGGAUAUUUUAAAUAAAGGCAAAACAACAGCUGGACUGCUGUAUGUCAAGGACUGAUUAACUGGAAAAUAUGCAUUCCUUAUCCGAUUGAGAGUCAUUCAGAAAAGACUUCUUUUGUGCUCGGUCUACAUUUUUUCCUAUAUGGUAUACUUUGGAAAAAAUUUCUUCACAUCAUGGUUGUUUUUCUACCUUUUGUAAAAUAUAGAAUCUGUUUACUCAUUUAUCAGAUAUAGAAUGUUGGUCUAAAAUUGAACACACUAACCCCAAUUCACACUCCCAAGUCUCUUUAGGAAAGAUGAUUUGAAAAUGAUUUAUAAAAGCCAAUAAUGAUCUCAGGAAUUACAUUUUUCCCACAGACCAUAAAAUGGUGUCACAUAGCAGUAAUACAGAUUUGAUGAAUAUUUAACAUCUAUGUGAAUGUACAUUUCACUUUGUGACUGACAAUUAAAAAGUUUUUGUUUGACCAAAGAGUAUACACCUUUGAAACCAUGUAUUGUGUCACUCAUUCGUUGUAAUUUGUUUAGUAACUUCCAUGUACCUGGUAUUAUGGGGGAGAGAGAUAAAUAGGAAAUUGGUGAUCUGUUUAUUUCAAAGAUAUUAAGGAAAUAAAUACUGUAAUGCUUAAUCAUUGUUCAUUAAAAUCAGUAAGCAUAGAA